AUGGGAGAGACAAUUGUAAUUACUGGAACAUCGGGUAACCUUGGUUCGGCUGUGUUGAAGCAUCUUCUUCAUACCGUUAAGUACCCUGCUACGGACAUUAUUGUCGCUUCGUCUAACCCUGAUGGAGUAUCUUCAGAGGUUAAAGGUUCAGGAGUGAAGGUUCGCUAUGGCGACUAUCUCAAGCCUGAAACACUUGUAAACGCCUAUGAAGGUGCCGAUAAACUGCUUAUUAUCUCAUUUCCUUCUAUGGCCCAUGAGAUCAGAGUCACUGCUCAUAAGAAUGCUUUGGAUGCAGCAGUCAAGGCAGGUGUCAAGCAUGUUUACUAUACGUCUUUGGCAUUCAAUGGCAAUCCCACUGAAGCACCAGUUAUGUUUGCUCACAGAGACUCAGAAGCUUAUAUUAAAGAGCUGCACGAGUCAGGGAAACUUGCCAACUACACUAUUAUUAGAGAGGGUAUCUACAGCGAAUCGUUCUAUCUGUACUUUGGAUACUGGAACAGAGCCACUGCUAUCGAUGAUUUCCUGAAAGUCAAGGAGAUUGUCACCUGUUGUAAGGAAGGCAGUAUUGCUUAUGCUUCAAUUGGUGACCUUGGAGAAGCUACCGCCAAGAUUAUUACCAGUCCCUCGUCAGAUGCUAAAUUCCAUAACAAGCUUAUUCUACUCAGUGGUAGUCGCAGUGUCACUCAACCAGAGCUAGCCACCAUCAUCUCCUCUACAUUAAAGCUUGACAAACCCAUUCCUCUGAAGACGGUCGACCCCGAAACCUAUGUUGAAUACCACUCAGCUCAUAGCGACAGAGAAAUCCUGAAAAAGGCGGCCGUCAUCUCAGGCGCCAUUGACAAAGGAGAGGCAUCAGUGGUGUCCAAGAGUCUUGAAGAGAUUCUCGGCAGACCCCCCAAGAGCAUUGAAACCACCGUCCAAGAAGUGUUCCAAGGCAAGCGAGGUGUCCGUCCCGUCAACGAGCCUAUCCCCAGCUCCUAA